AUGGGUUUCACUUGUACAACUGUAUCGUCGAAUCAAUGUAAAGAUUCAACUUCAGAUAUAUUAACACCAGGUCAAAAUGCAACUGGUCUGAUCUCUGUAAGAAUACCACCUACAAGGCAUGAUAUUUUACAUGCAUGUGAUAUAGCUGAAGAUGUUGGGAUUGCAUUCGGUUAUGAUAAUAUACCUGAAUCUUUACCACAAACCUAUUGUGUAGCUGGUAAUCAACCAAUCAGUCGGUUGACAGAUCUUAUUCGUGCUGAAAUAGCUCAAAUGGGAUUUACUGAAGCAUUAAGUUUUUCAUUAUGCUCCAGGGAAGAUAUCAGUACUAAACUGAGGCAAAAAUUAGAUGAUAUCCUAGCUGUACACAUAUCUAAUCCUAAAACGCUUGAUUUCAAGUUGUCAGAACCAGUUUAUUACCAGGAUUUUCAAGAUAUUGUACUGAAAAAUCCAUCUAAAGAUGUCGGCGCUAGCAAUCAUCGACGUAUUUGUGCAAUUUACUACAAUAAAAAUUCUGGCUUUGAAAUAAUUCAUGGUUUGUUAGAUAGAUUAAUGCAAUUGUUACAAGUUGAAUCAAUUUUGUCAAAAACAACAAAGAAAUCUAAUGACCAUGAAAAAAAAUCAAAUUUGAGUUAUAGAUUGAACGCUACAUCCGAUCCAACAUACUUUGAUGGUCGUUGUGCUGAUAUUAUAUUGGAGCCUGACAAUAAAAUUAUUGGACGAUUGGGUAUUCUCCAUCCUGAUGUUAUACGAAAUUUUGAAUUGACGAUGCCUUGUUCAGCUUUAGAUUUAGAUCUCGAAGUGUUUCUUUGA